UUUUUAUAAUAAUUAUUAGUUUAUAUUAUAAUGUUUAGCAAAUCUGUAUUGAGCAAGGCAUUCCAUGCCAGAAGGACCUUCUCAUCUAACCCAGGGAUCGUCCACAGAGUAUUGAACACCUUCGAUAGAAGCACUACUGCUUACGGAGUUGUCUCCCAUACUCCAGUUGACGAAUUGGUUGGUCAUGAACCCAUUGAGGUUGAAAAGAGAGAUUGCGAAUACCAAGCUACUACUCUUUCCAAUGGAUUCACUGUUCUUACUGAAAGCGAAGACUUCCCAGGACCAAUCCACAUGGGAUUCCUGAUGAAUGUUGGUACUAGAGAUGAGACUGCCGAAACUUCCGGAUCCUUGUUGGCUCUUAAGAACGUUUAUUUGAAAACAUUAAAGCAUACCAAUGAGACUGUCAACUACGGAAUGAUCCAGAUGUCUGGAGGAGACAUGGAAAUGAACUAUGAUCAAGAAACUACCUAUUUCAGAGGUAACUGCAUUGAAUACGAUGCUGUUGAUAUGUUCCAGAUGCUUGUUGAUGUUGCCCUCGAACCAAGAUCUGUACUGGCCGCUAAUGUUGCUAAAUCUAAGAACAGGAAAACUCACGAGUUGGCCCAACAUUUGGCUAAGUUCGACCCAUUCGCUUACAAUCAGGAGUUAUUGCUCAGAACUGCCUAUGGAUACAACACCUUAGGAAUGCCACAUUUCGGAUUAGAAGGAAAUGUUGAAGGAAUUGACGCCAGAGUCUUACAGAAGUUUAUUCUUGACAAUGUGACCCCAAGAAAGUGACUUAUUUUAGGAAGCGGUGUUAAGAACCAUUCAGAAUUUGUCAACCUCGCAAAAGAAAUGCUCGGAGAAUUCCUGCCAGUUCCAGAACACCAAUAUCAGAGACACCAGUCCCAAUACAUUGGUGGAGAAUUCAGAAACUGGACCGAGACUCCGAACACCAGCAUCACUGUUGCUUUCGAAGGAGCCGACUGGAGCUCUAGUGACCAGCCAGCGUUCCAGGUUAUUGCUUCACUUUUGGGAUCAACUGACGCUCUUUCUAGAGGAAGAGCCGGAACCGGAAGAUUGGCCAGGACCGUCACCAACCUUGCAAGGGAACACUCAUUCGUAGACUCUGCUCAUGUGACCAACGCCCACUUCUCAGAUUCAGGAAUCCUCGGACUCACUGUUGAAGGACCAGGAAGCCACUCUCAAGAAAUUAUGGAGGUGCUUCUUGAGGAACUGUCAUCACUCAAGGACAAGGUCAGUGAUGAAGAGCUGAUCAGAGCCAAAAACAGACUGAAGAUGAACAUUCUGACUGAUUUGGAGAGCAGAGGAGAUAGACUUGAAGAAAUAGGCAGAAAUUAUUUAGCCUUUGGAGGACAAUUGACUUUCCAUCAAUACUGCGACAGAGUUGACGAAGUAACCUCUGCACAAAUUAACGAAGUUGCCGCUAGGUUCUUGGCCACCAAGCCAACCAUUUUGGUGCAGGGUUCAUCAAUCAAUGUUGUUCCAACGAUCACUGAUGUGCAGAGACAAUUGAACUAAGCGAUGAGCAUUAAAGUAUUCAAUAAAACGACUGCAUAA